AUGUUAUAAAGGCCAAAUGAAAAACUGCAAUAAAAAGUUUCAUUAUAUAAGGACAAGAUAAGAAGUUAAUUGAAAAAAAAGAUAGUUAUAAUCAAAGAUCAAAUGAAGCUGAGACAUUCCAAUAGUGAUUGUAACUUAUAUGAUUAAUAUGUCAAAUAGUACAAUUGGACACACCAUUCUAAAAGUAAUCGAAUAUCGCUGCUGACUUUUCUGACAAUUAUGAAUUGGGAGAGAAAUUAGGUGAAGGAGCACAUGCAAUUGUUCAUAAAGCAAUACGAAAAUGCGAUAAUUAAGAGUUUGCUGUAAAAAUAUUUCGAUCCAGCGACCCUGAAAUAGUUGCCUCCAUAAGAAAAACAUACUAGAUUGGAUCUAUGCUUCAACACCCUAAUUUAAUUAAAGUGAAAGAACUAUAUAUAAAUUAAUAAAAUGGAUAUUCGUAUUAAGUUAUGGAAUUAUGCCAAUACCCAAAUUUAGAAAGUUAGAUAAACAGCUUGAAUCUUAAUGAAAUAAAGACAGUUAUGCGGUAAAUUAUUAAUUUAAGUAACAAUAGUGAAUUACUGAAUGGGAUACUCUACAUGCACAAAUAGAAGAUUUGUCAUAGAGACAUUAAACCUGAUAACAUCCUUUUUGACGGAUAGAAUGUAAAACUCCUAGACUUUGGAGUCAGCAAGAAAUUCUACGUGAAAUAACAUCACAUUGACAUGUGGACACCCACAGGCACUUAGUUUUAUUGUGCACCUGAAAUAUAUACAAAGGUUAGUUACACUUACAAAGUAGAUAUGUGGUCGGUUGGAGUAUUUAUUUAUAUUUAGCAUUAUAGGUAAUUCUCUAUUAACUUUUAACAAAAGAGUUGCCAUUUUAAGAUGAGACUGCUCACGGAACCAUUGAAUUAAUAUGUAAAGCAUAGUUCAAAGAUCAUCCUGCCUUAGAUAAAAUUAGCAAAGAUCUCCUAAGUAGAUUGCUACAGAUUGACCCCAAAAAAAGAUUCAAUGCAGAUGAUGCAUUAAAACAUCUCUGGUUUCAAAAUAAAGAAAUAAAACAAUAAUGUAUGGAUGACAUGAUUGUACAUGAUGGCCUAGUUAAUAAUUCCUCAUUAAUUAUCUAACUUAGCUAAUCAUAAAAUAGGAAUACUUAUGUAAAUAAUUUUGAAACUAAAGUUGAAGCAUUUAUGCCUACAAUACAUGUCAAAUAAUCUUCAUUUAGAGAUUAAUCAUGAUAUAC